GAGGUCGCUGCGUCAAGGCGUGUUUCCGGAAGACGUGGCUUGUUGCUGCAGUAGCAGGCAGCUGUCAUCAGAUCUUCACAUCAGAUCUUCUCUCCUGCCGGUUCUCUACCUCUUUGGUAGAUCGAUCCGCUCACCGCCAUCAUGAUCUCGCUCACGGACUCCCAGAAGAUCGGAAUGGGGCUGACAGGCUUCGGCGUGUUCUUCCUCUUCUUCGGGAUGAUGCUGUUCUUCGACAAAGCUCUUCUGGCCAUUGGAAACAUCCUGUUCGUGGCCGGGCUGUCCUUUGUCAUCGGGCUGGAGAGGACGUUCCGCUUCUUCUUCCAGCGGCACAAGGCCAAGGCCACGGGCUUCUUCCUGGGGGGGGUUCUGGUGGUGUUGAUAGGCUGGCCCAUCAUCGGGGUGGUGCUGGAGAUCUACGGCUUCUUCCUCUUGUUCAGGGGGUUCUUCCCGGUCGUGGUGGGGUUCAUCAGACGAAUACCCGUCCUGGGGUCCAUCCUAAACCUGCCCUUCAUCAGUGGACCUUCGUAAGGCUGAGGAUAAGGCCCCCCCGUCGCGUUUGCGGACCGAGUGGGCGAGAGCAACACCAUGGUGUGACACGAUGAUGGACCUCCACCCUGAGGUCUCCGGGGAACACGCUGAGAUCAAUGCUUUUAUAAAACUCCAAGUGGCCACCAGAGGCGCUGUUAUGCUAUAUAUUAUAACCCCCGCCCCCCCCUCCCCCACCUUCCCCACCUUCACCCACCCACAGUGGGCAGAAAGACUACUUUGUAUUUUUACCUGAAUGGUGCUGCUGCCAACUCAGGGUCCAACUCACCCUGGACACAGGAGGUCUGCUCCUCGCUGAAGGAGACGAGGCCGAUCGACCACCUCCUCCUCCUCCUCCUCCUCCUCCUCCUGCCCCUGAAGAGUGCCUCCAUGGGUGGAAUGUACAGAACUCUGGGCCUCCACCCUCCCAGCGGGGUGGAGUGGGUGGAGCAGGCGGUGAUGGGACAUGAAUGUGCCUGUGAUUUAAAACGUGUGUUUAGAAGCCAAGGUGCCAGCGGUAUGGCCUUACAAUUAUGAUCUGUUACCUUUUAUGUUUCGGGACUUUGGUUUGCUUCACGUCAACUGUUGGCGAGCUGUUUGACUACCGAUGGUGGCUAAGGGCCAUGAUGGCCGCUUCUUCUUGGUAUGAUCUGCUGAUGGCACUCAGAUGGCCGCUUCUCCCCUGGUAUGAUCGGCUGAUGGGUUCUGCUUUACAUGUUUGGCUUUGACCAAAAAUUUACUGUAGUUGCAACAAAUUAACUUAUUUGUCAACAACCUCUUCUAAAGAGAAAGUGAGAAAAUCAAUAGAAAAGAAAAAAUGUACUCUAUCGAUCGCUAGUUCUGUUCAACUAUAUCUUCUUUUGUUUAUACAUAUUGGAUUUGAAUCAAUUAAAUUAUCCACGUUUUAUUUUAA